UGUUCAUAUAGUUGGUCCGGUCAGCGUCCAUUCUCCAUGGCCAUCGUCGUCGUCGUCUUCCACAAUCCAAUCGGUGCUCACCCCGCCGGCCGGCCGGCCGGAGCACCUCUAUAAAUACUAGCCUAGGGUACCCCGGACCGGCCGGCCGGCCGGCUGCACGCACGCAUCCUCCGCCUGCCGCACCCGCCACCGCAAGAAGAGGGUUCAAAAUACUCAAGAUGGCUCCGCCGGCACGGCCGCCACGUGCUGGGGAGGACUUGGAGGAGGGCACAGGCGAGAGCUCCCCACCUCCUCGGUCGCCACGUGCGUCCAACCCCGACUGCCACGAGGUGCAGAGGAAGAUCUGCGAGCGCCUCCGCCAGACGGGGCGGCACGACCGUACGCUCGCCGACCCCACCUUCAACGCCCGCUUCGCCCGCCACCUCGAGAGGUUGCCGCGGAGGUACCUACUCGACCUCGACCUGGACGACAAGCUCGAGGAUGUCUUGCUGCACUGGGGGAUUCUCGACGAGUGCGCCGACCCCAAUAAGCGACCCGUCUUUCGCGCGCGGUUCAUAAAGUAUAAGACAGUUCCUAGGGAGGAUGACGGCAUUGGUCAUGAUCAAGAUCACGAGGAGCCGUGUCAAAAGUUGUUGGAGGACCUCAGUUUGGAAAGAAGAAAGAUCGCGGACAGAAAUGAUUCCCUGUCUAUCUCCUCUAGGGGCGAUUUGAAAACUGUCCUCCUUCAUGAGAUCAUUUUCUCCUCCAUCGACAAGCCCAAGCUCCUAAGUCGGCUAACUGCGUUGCUCUCUGAGGUUGGACUGAAUAUCCAGGAAGCUCAUGUGUACUCCACGAAGGAUGGUUUUUGUUUGGAUGUUUUUGUUGUUGAUGGCUGGAAGACAGAGGAGACUGAUGAGCUGAUCGCGGCGAUUAAGGAGACAUUAACACAAAAAAAUGCAUCACCAUCUAAUUCAACAAAUUCUUCGACGCCGGAGAAAAUAGUUGACCUACAACAACAGGUUGGAGAUUAUGAAAUUGACUUAAGCAUGCUAACUAGGGGGGACAAGAUCGCAUCUGGAUCAUCCGCAGACUUUGGUGUUAAUCAUGAAAAUAUUCUGCAAUUUUAUGGGGCAUGCACAAAACAUCCAAACUAUUGCAUUGUAACAGAAUACAUGCCUGGAGGGAAUAUAUAUGACUUUCUUCACAAGCAAAAUAACUUCUUGGACCUCCAUAAAAUUCUAAGAUUUGCUAUCGAUAUCUCAAAAGGAAUGGAUUAUCUGCACCAGAAUAACAUUAUACACAGAGAUUUGAAGUCUGCAAAUCUUCUGCUAGGCCAUGACCAAGUUGUUAAGAUCGCAGACUUUGGUGUGGCGCGACAUGGAAGUCAGCAGGGGCAGAUGACUGCUGAAACUGGAACCUACCGAUGGAUGGCACCAGAGAUAAUUAAUCAUAAGCCGUAUGACCACAAAGCGGAUGUAUUCAGCUUUGCCAUUGUUCUUUGGGAGCUGGCAACUUCAAUGGUCCCAUAUGACAACAUGACACCCUUGCAAGCUGCAUUAGGAGUAAGACAGGGAUUGCGCUUGGACAUUCCGGGCAGCGUGCACCCAAGAUUGACCAAGCUGAUUCGACAGUGCUGGAACGAAGAUCCUGAUGCGCGUCUGACUUUUGCAGAGAUUACUAAAGAACUCCAAGAUAGUCUACACCAUAUCGAGGCACCCAAGGGAGCCAGCCGUCGAUCUAGAGCAAAGAUGCAGAAGAAAUAAGAGGGCAAGGUUUCCUACUUUUUUUUGGGUGUGUUACACUAGUUGCAGUAUGAGUGUUUAAGGUGUAUGUCGCGGUUAUAAAUAUUUUAAGGCCAAGGAAGUGUUAAAAACCGACCUUAGCUCAGUUGGUAGAGCGGAGGACUGUAGUGGAUUGCAGAUGAAAUCCUUAGGUCGCUGGUUCGAAUCCGGCAGGUCGGAGUUGUUUUUAAAAUAACAUUUUUUUGCUCAACAAUGUUAGGCUACUCGCCUACUCACCUGUCGCUACUCUGUACUCACUACGGUUAAAGUCGUGCUCUUUUUCUUAACA